GUAGAGCCAUCUGGAAGUUGGCUGGGGAAUGAUGGAUCUUGGUCACCGUUUGUCAUUCAGGUCGGAACGCCUGCUCAGAACUUCUCCGUUCUACCUGCAACAAACGGCCAGAACACAUGGGUCCCAAUAGCAGAUGAUUGCCAAAAUCUCAACACAACCAACUGUGGUGCAUCUCGCGGAGUAUUCCCUUUCCACAACGCGCAAAGCCCGGGGUUUCAAACCAAUCUUUCUUUGACGUGGAAACCUAUUGGGCUGUUCGAACUAGGCCAGAAUAGCAACCUGGGAUUCACUGGAAAUGGGUUGUCGGGUUACGAUAUCGUGGGCUUUGUUUCAGACAAUGAUAGCAGUGCUACUUAUAUUGACCAGCAGCCGGUGACAGCGUAUGCUACACCGAAUUUCUGGCUGGGACAAAUGGGGCUGUCGAUACGACGGAUGAAUUUUCGACAGGAUGAGCAUCCGAAUUCAUUUCUGACAAAUUUGAGAGACAGAGGGGUUAUUCCGAGUCUUUCUUUUGGAUAUACCGCUGGAGCUCCAUACCGUAAGUCAUUUCAAUACUUACAGAGCCUCACACUUGGUGGCUACGACCAAUCCCGUACAUCCCCCAAACCCCUUUCCAUCCCAAUAAGCUCAGACACAGACCGCCCCUUAACCGUCGGCCUCCAAAAUAUCCUCGUCACCAAUUCACUAAACGGCACUCUUACACUGUCCGGCAACACCGGCUUCCUUGUUCCAAUCGACUCCUCGAUCCCCGAACUCUGGUUUCCACAAUCCAUCUGCGACAACUUCGCUAAAGCCUUCGGUCUGCAAUACCACGAACCUUCCACGCGCUACAUCAUCUCAGACGGCAUCCGUGAGCAGCUUCGCCAGCUGUCGCCAACACUGACGUUUGUGAUUGGCACGGGGGUUGUUGAAGGACAAACCACGACCAUUGAUAUCCCGUACUCAGCAUUCGACCUUCAAGCAGGCUAUCCCAUUUUCGCGACGACGGUGAGCUACUUCCCAAUUCGACGUGCAGCAAAUGAUUCACAAUAUAUGAUUGGUCGAGUAUUUUUGCAAGAAACGUAUUUGGGUGUGGAUUUUGAGCGGAAGUAUUUUAAUCUCAGUCAAGCGGUUUUUGGGACGCCAAUGCCAGCGCCAGAUAUCGUUACCAUCUACUCUACAAAUAGUACAUCAAACUCCACGGCAAAACCCAACACACCGAAUGGACAGGCCGCUGCGAGAUUGCCAGUGGGUGCGAUCGCCGGGAUCGCGGUUGGAAUUAUUGUUGUAGUGGUCUUGUUGGUGCUGGCGCUGGUCUGGUGUAUUUGGUUUCGGUCGAGGAAGACG